UCGACACCAACAUGAACUCGAAGGUCCUUCUCGUGACUCUCUUGGCUGUCGCCGCCGCCGACAGGCGCCCUUACUCCUACUCCGCCCCUGAGUUUUCCUCUGAGGAAUUCGGCCCCGCCCACUACAACUUCGACUGGGCGGUCCAGCACAGCGACUCCCGCAACAACUUCGGCCACCAGGAGGCCCGCGACGGCGACGACACCCAAGGAUCGUACUUCGUGCAGCUCCCCGACGGCCGCCUGCAGACCGUCAGGUUCAGCGUUCAAGGAGACUCCGGAUUCGUGCCCGAAAUCUCGUAUGAAGGAGAGGCUCGUUAUCCUGACUCCUUCGAGUCAUUUGAAUCGUUCGAGUCUCGCGAAUCUCGUGGCUACGCCCCUCCAAGACCCGCGUACGGUUGAAGGCAUAGAAAAGAAAACCCAGAUACUACUUCGGCUACCACUACUCUAACUUAUGUUACAUCCUUAUAUGAAAUAUAUUUUCUAAUAAAUCAUGCAAAUCAUAUUAUUGUAUGAUAUCAAAGGAUAUAAUUCCUCAUAAAAAUAAAUUAUAACAUCCAGAGAA